CUCCAACUUCUUAUUUUGCUAUCCCUACCAUUCAGCAGCCUGUCACUUCAUUUUGCUGCAUAACCUAGUUAAGAAUUCUCAGCCAGAGCAUAGGACCUUUGAGGGAUAUCUCCUGCCAUUCUUACCAGGAAUUUGUAAGUGAAUGCUCUGUUACUAGUUCCUAUGCAAUUAUUUUUCUUCUAGAUUAACCAGUGGGGAUACCAGGCAUAUUCAUCUAUUAGAGCCAAGAUUAGUUCUCUUGCUGUCAAAGGUCAUAGCAGCAACAGGAAAUAACUUCUAUUUCAGUAUAUAGGUAGAGGAGUGCACAUUCUUGACCAAACUGCCCAGGAGCUUUCACUGCAGAACAAGAUGUGGUCUGUCUGCAGUGUACUUGCAGACUUCAAAGAUGAGAGGGUAUCGAAUGGCAGAAGCAACUAUCUGAGGGAGAUGACCAAACAAGGACGUUAAGAAAGCUAGCUUUGGCCCAAGCUGAUUUGAAGAUGUAAUAAAAGACUGUGGGAGGUGGCUGCCAACCAGGAAAGGAUCCUGGGACAGGAUAAAUAGGAACAUCAUUCAGACUCUACUAACUUCCAAUUCAUCAAGUUCAAAGUUACCUUUCUCUUGAUUUUAAGAUGAAAAUGAGGUAUGUGUUAGACUAGGAGGGGGUGGUCAGAGAUAGCUGGGAUGGAAGGCACUGCAUAGGCCUUUAAAAUAGUUUUCUUGCCUGUGGCAUUGCACACAAGCUCUUUGAGUUAAAGCAGGAUGGCAGGCUCAUGAUUUCUUCCAUGUUUUGGUGUUGGAUGGCACCGACAUUGUGGCCAGGAUCACAUAAAUAAUAGGUAUUAAUUUUUUGAGGAACUACUACGGUUUAGGUAAUGUAUGUACCUUCAUUUAAUCCUCACAGCAACUGUGAGGUAGGUAGUAUUCUCCCUAAUUUUCAGGUGAGGAAACAAAGGCUCAGGGGAAUAAAUAAAGCCACUUUUGGUGCAUGGCAGUGAGACCACAGUGCCCCUCAUAAAUGCUUUAUUUUGACUCUAGUAUUGAUUAUUUUCCUUCUAACGAAAAGUAGUUUAUUAGUAAGUUCUGUCCCAUCAACUUCAUUCUCACUAGUCUCUCUCAUUAAAUGGCAAUUUAUUGGAGGUAGAACAUUAUAAACGGGAUAGUAUGUUUAUCUCUUUGCCUGAAGAGAAGAAAGGGAAAAGGCUGAUUCUAGAAAGUGCAGUUUUUAGCUUAAAACUGGGCAAUCUCCCUAGAACAUGGCUUUGAAAAAGGUUACUUGUUUUUUUUUUUUAAAGAUUUUAUUUAUUUAUUUGAGAGAGAAUGAGAGCAUGAGAGCAUGAGAGGGAGGAGGGUCAGAGGGAGAAGCAGACUCCCUGCCGAGCAGGGAGCCCGAUGCGGGACUCGAUCCCGGGACUCCAGGAUCAUGACCUGAGCCGAAGGCAGUCGCUUAACCAACUGAGCCACCCAGGCGCCCAAGGCUACUUGUUUUAUUCUCCCUGUGCCAGUGGUACUGUGGGAGAGGCAUUAGUGAGACAAUGAAGAGACAAAAAGUCAGUGGAAAGAGUAUCACAUCAACCUGAGUCUGAACCCCUGCUUCUGAUACAGGUUAACCUCUCUGAGACUUUGUUUCCUUGUCCAAAAAAUGGGGAAAUCACACUUACGGGGUUGUAAGGAGUAAGGUAAUGGGUAUAAAGGCAAAGUAUCUGUCACAUGAAGAAGAUGAUGAGUGAGUGGCAGCAGUUAUUAAUGUGAUGCUAGUUUUGUAUGUCGUAAGUAGUGUUUGGAUGAGAGAUGAUAAAGCCAGAGAGAGAUGGGAUGCAGAUGCAAGAGGAGACAGUUCUUAGAGGAGUGAGCCCUUGACUACGUUAGCUUCAUCAACUACCAGUCUUCCCCAACAAGUUUAGGUCCCUGGGCAUUUAGAGCUCACUUAGGACCCUUACAUUUUGGGUUGUUUUGUUUUGUUGUGUUUUGUUUUUGCUUCUGAAAGAUGGGAAGCAGAUGUUCUGCUGGUGUUGCCAACUCUUGGAGAGCUAGAAAUCUCCAUGAACUUCACAAGCUAUUACCAUAAAUUGGGGAAGAGGAGUUCUCUGUGUUAGGCAUUGUGGUUGUGUAAUUUCCUUUCAUCCUUACAGCAGCCCUCUGGCAGGGGCUGUGCCUUGCCCAUUUCCCCUGGGCACUCACCAUUCUAUUACAUACCCACAAUGUCCUAUUGCAAGAACUUGCAGCUGUCUGCCUUAGCACAUCUCUAGACUUGUGUGUGGCACAGCCUGGGAAUGCCAGGUCCUAGGCCCCUGAGGCAGUCCUCAGCCAGUGAAAAAUGGAAGUUGGGGGAUAAAUACUUGAGCCUCCUACCUCUUAGGUGGGUGCAUACUCCACCAGAGUUCCCAGAGUUCCUCUGUGGGAUUGAACCUCAGUAGCUCCCAGCAGCAACUUAAUUUUGUACGCUCUUUUGGUUUCCUUUUCUUCCUACCUCACUUCCAGUUCCCCUGUCAGUGCUUUCUAGAUCAGGGCUGGGACUAGGGUGAGGGACCCUCACUCUUGGGUUCAUGUACAGGCAGAUUUGGCACUUAUGUGAAGGUAAGAGGGCCUCUUUACAUUUUUUUUUUAAGAUUUUUUUAUUUAUUCAUUUGAGACACAGAGAUAGAGAACAUGAGCAGGGGGAGAAGCAGAGGGAGGGGGAGAAGCAGGCUCCCCGCUGAGCAGGGAGCCCGAUGCUCAGCUCUAUCCCAGGUCCCUGGGAUCAUGACCUGAGCUGAAGGCAGACGCUUAACCAUCUGAGCCACCCAGGCACCCCCGGGCCUCUUUACAUUUUGUAGCUAGGCACUUCACAUGCAUCACUCUAAUCCUAGCCCUGGCCGGGAUCGCUUCCUAGUUAAGGUAUUUGCACUCAAAUUAGGUCUGCCUCUGGGGAAACCCAAACUAAGGCAAAUCCUAUGGAGAAAGUAGUCUCCCAUGUUUUAUGCUCGGAAAACUGAGACCCAGAGAAAUGAAGAGAUUUGCCUAAAGUCAUACAGCUGGUAAAUGGGAUGGGAUUCAAACCCAGGUCUGCCUGACACUAGAGCUGAUGCUCUCUGUACUUCACUACCCUACCUCCUACCUCCCACUUAAGUCCCCAAACUCAAUGGAAAUUUUAAGUUUGGAUGGGCUCAUUCUCACCUGUGAGGCAGAGCAGCUUUGGCCCUAAGUUGAUUUAGUAGAAAUUGGGCUGAGGGGAAGGCAGAUAGUAAGUGGGUGGUAGUACCAGUGGGAAGAUAGAAGAAUGUAUAAACCCAGAGUGGCAAGGCUGCUGAAGCCAUAUGCACCAGGAAGGGAGGAAGAGGUUACUUCCUCUCAGUUUCAAAGCCCUGGGCUAUUGAAGAUGUGGUGCUUCAAUUUAACAAAAAUUAACUGGUACCUAUUAUAUGUCAGGUCUAGAUCCUGGGCCCUGGGGCUCCAAAGAUGAAUAAGAAACAUUCUCUGGGAACCCAUAGUACAAUGGGGGAAGAUAAACAGAUGAUUUUUUUUUUUUUAAAGAUUUUAUUUAUUUAUUUGACAGAAAGCUAGAGAGGGAACACAAGCAGGGGGAGUGGGAGAGGGAGAAGCAGGCUUCCCGCGGAGCAGGGAGCCCGAUGCGGGGCUCGAUCCCAGGACCCUGGGAACAUGACCUGAGCCGAAGGCAGACGCUUAAUGACUGAGCCACCCAGGCGCCUUUUUUUUUUUUUUUUAAGUAGGCUCCACACCCAGCACGGAGCCCAGUGUGGGGCUUGAACUCACAACCCUGAUAUCAAGACCUGAACUGAGAUCAAGUGUCAAAUGCUCAACUGAGCCACCCAGGUGCCCCUAAACAGAUGAUUUUAAUAGACCGUUGUCAAUGCGAUGACAAGCCAAUCCAAGACACUGGGAUCAAUAGACCACACUCAGCUGGGGUCAGGGCCAAGAGGAAACUCAUCAGGAAAGGCUCCACAGCAUUGGUGGUGACUGAAGUCUACUUUAGAGGAUAAGAAAAACUAGGUAAAAAGUCUGGAGAUGGCAAAGGGGGGUUAUUCCAGAUAAAUCAGCAUGAACAAAGACAGCAAGAAGGAGCUUGAUGGGUAUAGAAGAUCUGCAAGGCACACGUGGGGUAAAACGGUGUGCGGGGAAAGGUGGGGAACUUAUUGAGGGCCUGUGUGCUUGGCUGCUGGGCACUGUCAGCUGUGAGAAGCAAGCCUGUGAACAGCUCAGAGUAGGGAGAACCUGGCUCCUAGCCCAACCGUGGCUGCAACCCACCUUUCCCUGACCACCAAUUCCCACUUCUCAGUUCCUUCUGGACAGCUGGAAAUUGGUACUAAGGGGUUAUGAGGGAGGCUUGUCAGGAUUUGUCCUUCUCCUUGUCGGUCAGUGGCCAUCUGGCAUCUGAAGAGAACUGUUGGCCACUGCUGUGCCUCUGCUACAGCCAGAGUUGUCACAGCUGCUCACAGACCUUAAGCCCAAGGCACUUCCACCCUCCAUAGGCCCUGACACAGACCUUCCCUGACACUUUGCCUAGGGACCCCUGCUCCUGGGGAAAUAGAUACAGGACUUCCAGAAACAUGGGUAAAAAAACCCUGGCAUUACUUGUCAGGAACAUAUACUUACCCUGGCCCAGAAGACUGCGGACUCUGGCUGUCAGCAUGAAUCACAUUCAGUUCCAUAUUCUCUCUGAACUAGAGAAAAGUUGAGAGAGACUAGAGCCCCAGGCUAGGCAGGAUGUUAUGGGUGAUGGCCACUCUGUCCUCCCUAUCUCCACCCCUAAUUUCCCUGUCUUUCAGAGCCUGUAUGUCUGAAAUGUACAGCAGGGUUGAUAAUCUGGCAUGUUUCCAGGCCCAGUCAUGCCAAAACUAACGCAAGAGCCACUGUCCCUGGUCUCCAUCCUGGUGUCAUAUGGAGGCCAUGUUCUGUCUGUAGAUAGUGGUAGGGUUAACUGCUAAUGAGGUAGCCCAAAGUUUUAAAAUAUGUGUUCACCAAUUUCCUGGAAAUGAAAAUUCAUGUAGUGUGUCUAGUCUCCUAUCAUGGUGGGUGUCUUAGUCUGUUCAGACUUCUAUAACAAAGUACCACAGAUUGAAUAGUUUAUAAACAACAGAAAUUUAUUUCUCACAGUCUGGAUGCUGGAAGACUCAGAUCAAGGUGCCAGCAUGGUUGGGUGAGGGCCCUUUUCCAGGUUGCAGACGCCAACUUCUUGUAUCCUCUCAUGGCAGAAGGGGCAAGGAUGCUCUCUGGGGCCUCUUUUAUGAGGGCACUGACCCGUUUAUUAGAGCUCUGCCCUUAUGACCUGAUCACUUUUCAAAGGCCCCAUCUCCUAAAGUCUUCAACUAGAGCAUUAGAUUUUCAACAUAAGAAUUUUUUGUUGUUGUUGGGGGGGAGAUGAGAUAUAGAUAUUCAGACCAUAGCAGUGGUCAUAGUGAUGCCCCAAGGUUCUAUGCAUUCAAGACUAGUUUGGGGAAAACCAGCUUUGUGGCCAACACCUACUGUAGCCUGAGAUUCCCUUUCCCCUUCUGGUAGAGAAGACCCAAGGUGUGAACCUCCCUCUCUACCCCUCCUUGGCCUACUAUCUCAAGGCUAGACUCCACAGUCUGGCUGCUACCUCUCCCAUCAUAUAUCUGCACCUACAUGUAUCUUUAGGUCUUUGGAGUUGAACUCCAUACCAUGAAGGUGCCUUGUGCUCCAUGAUUUUGUACAUGCUCUUCUCUUUGUGAAGGGUCACCUCUGCCAGCAUACUGCUGUUCUUCCUUCAAGGCUCAGCUUCCUCAACUUGCUCUGCCCACUCUAGGGCAGAGUUAGCCUCUUCCUCUUGUGUUCCACAUUGCCUCUUGCUUGUUAGUACUUAAACAUUUUGGAAAAUUGUCUAUUGUGCUGUAUAUUUCUCAUGCUAGGCUCCUCCAUCUUUCCAGAGGUGAGCCACCACCUCAAAACUCAGACUCUGAGUAAAGUGGGUGGAGUAUUACAGAGGGGAUGUCCCAGGGUCCUUGACCUAGUUCAGGGUUCCAGCUUCCUGCAGUCAUCUUGCUUAAGUUUGCACCAUAGCCCUGCCUACCCUGGGCUUCUCUUAGGGCAGACUCAGAAGGAAGUGCCCCUUCCUGAAUUAACUGAUAGCUAGAUAGUGGUGGCCAAGGAAGAGGGUGGGACAUUACAACUCAGGUGACCCGUGAGUUUCGUUUUGGGGUGCAAACCAGGUUAGUGGGAUGCCUCACAUUGAGAGAGAAGAGCUCACGCCUGAGGAAAGUGACCAACUGCUUCUUCUCCCGGGUGGCCACCCUCCAUUGUGGAACCACAUGGACUCUAUUGGGUCAGUAAGGUUGCGGCAAAGGGAAGGAGCUCCUGGCUGUUCCCAGGAGGACUUGCCCUGCCCCUCAGACAGCUCUGAGCUGGUGUUGGAGUGUCUACAGCAAUUCAAGGUGACGGAGACACAGCUGCGGCAGAUCCAAGCCAGCCUCCUGGGCUCUAUGGAGCAGGCACUGGGGGGACAGGCCAGCCCUGCCUCUGCUGUCCAGAUGCUGCCCACAUAUGUGGGGUCCACCCCACAUGGCACUGAGCAAGGGGAUUUUGUGGUGCUGGAGCUGGGGGCCACAGGGGCCUCACUGCGUGUUCUGUGGGUGACCCUGUUGGGUAUUGAGGGACAUAGGAUGGAGCCCCGGAGCCAGGAGUUUGUGAUCCCCCCAGAGGUGAUGCUGGGUCCCGGUCAGCAGCUCUUUGACUUUGCUGCCCACUGUCUGUCUGAGUUCCUGGAUGCACUCCCCGUGGACAAAGAGGGUCUGCAGCUUGGGUUCAGCUUCUCCUUCCCUUGUCACCAGACGGGCCUGGACAGGAGCACCCUUAUUUCCUGGACCAAAGGUUUUAGGUGCAGUGGUGUGGAAGGCCACGAUGUGGUCCAGUUGCUGCGAGAUGCCAUCAAGAGGCAGGGGGCCUACAGCAUCGAUGUGGUUGCCGUGGUGAAUGACACAGUGGGCACCAUGAUGGGCUGCGAGCCAGGGGUUGGGCCAUGUGAGGUCGGGCUUGUUGUAGACACUGGCACCAAUGCAUGUUACAUGGAGGAGGCAAGGCAUGUGGCAGUGCUGGAUGAGGACCGGGGCCGCGUCUGCAUCAGCGUUGAGUGGGGCUCCUUCAGUGAUGAUGGGGUCCUGGGACCAGUGCUGACCACCUUUGACCAUGCCUUGGACAGAGAGUCCCUGAAUCCUGGUGCCCAGAGGUUUGAGAAGAUGAUUGGGGGCUUGUACCUGGGUGAGCUGGUGAGGCUUGUGUUGGCUCACCUGGCCCAGCGAGGGGUCCUCUUUGGUGGCUGCACCUCCCCUGCCCUGCUGAGCCGUGGCAGCAUCCUCCUGGAGCAUGUGGCUGAGAUGAAGGACCCGUUGGCUGGGGCAGCCCGUGUGCAUGCUAUCCUGCGGGACAUGGGCCUGAGCAUGGGGGCCUCGGACGCUGAGCUGGUGCAGUACGUGUGUGCAGCCGUGUUCACUCGGGCUGCCCGGCUCUGUGCUGCCGCCCUGGCGGCUGUUCUUGCCCGCCUCCAGCACAGCCGGGAGCAGCAGGUGCUUCAGAUCACCGUGGCCACCGGAGGCCGAGUGUUCGAGCGAUACCCCAGUUUCCUCAGCAUCCUGCAGGAGACCGUGAUGCUCCUGGCCCCCGAAUGUGAUGUCUCCUUCAUUCCCUCUGUGGAUGGGGGUGGCCGGGGAGUGGCAAUGGUGACGGCUGUGGCUGCCCGCCUGGCUGCUCACCGCCGCCUGCUGGAAGAGACCCUGGCGCCUUUCCGGCUGGACCAUGAGCAGCUGGCAGCGGUGCGGGCACAGAUGCGGGAGGCCAUGGUCAAGGGGCUCCGAGGGGAGUCCUCAUCCCUCCGCAUGCUGCCCACUUAUGUCCGGGCCACACCUGAUGGCACUGAGCGCGGGGACUUCCUGGCCCUGGACCUGGGGGGCACCAACUUCCGGGUCCUCUUGGUGCGUGUGACAGCAGGAGGUGUGAAGAUCACCAGCCAGGUCUACUCCAUCCCGGAGUAUGUGGCCCAAGGCUCUGGGCAGCAGCUCUUCGACCACAUCGUGGACUGCAUUGUGGACUUCCAGCAGAAGCAGGGCCUGAGUGGGCAGAGCCUCCCGCUGGGUUUCACCUUCUCCUUCCCAUGUAGGCAGCUUGGCCUCGACCAGGGCAUCCUCCUAAACUGGACAAAGGGUUUCAAUGCAUCAGACUGUGAGGGCCAAGACAUUGUGUGUCUGUUGCGGGAAGCCAUCGGGCGAAGAGAGGCAGUGGAGCUGAAUGUGGUUGCCAUUGUCAAUGACACGGUGGGGACCAUGAUGUCCUGUGGCUAUGAGGAUCCCCGUUGCGAGGUCGGCCUCAUUGUUGGAACUGGCACCAAUGCCUGCUACAUGGAGGAGCUUCAGAAUGUGGCAGCCGUGCCUGGGGACUCAGGCCACAUGUGCAUCAAUAUGGAGUGGGGUGCCUUUGGGGAUGAUGGCUCUCUGGACUUGCUUAGAACCUGCUUUGAUGCAAAUGUGGACCAGGCAUCCAUCAACCCUGGCAAGCAGAGCUUUGAGAAGAUGAUCAGUGGCAUGUACCUGGGGGAGAUCGUCCGCCACAUUCUCCUGCAUUUGACCAGCCUUGGAGUUCUCUUCCGGGGCCAGCAGACCCAGGGCCUUCAGACCAGGGACAUCUUCAAGACCAAGUUUCUCUCUGAGAUUGAAAGUGACAGCCUGGCUCUGAGGCAGGUCCGAACCAUCCUGGAGGAUCUGGGGUUGUCCCUGACCUCAGAUGACGCCCUGAUGGUCCUGGAGGUGUGCCAGGCUGUGUCCCAGCGGGCUGCUCAGCUCUGCGGGGCGGGUGUGGCUGCUGUGGUGGAGAAGAUCCGUGAGAACCGGGGCCUAGAAGAGUUGACUGUGUCCGUAGGGGUGGAUGGGACCCUCUACAAGCUGCAUCCCCACUUCUCUGGCCUGGUGGCAGCCACAGUGAGGGAGCUGGCCCCUCGCUGUGUGGUCACCUUCCUGCAGUCGGAAGAUGGGUCCGGCAAAGGUGCAGCCCUGGUCACUGCGGUUGCCUGCCGCCUUGCCCAGAUGGCCCAUGUUUGAAGAAGUCUCC